AUGUUCUCUUCAGAUUAUGAUGGUUGUGAGUCUGACAGUAGUUCUUCCAGUGAUAUCUGCUAUGAAAAUGGUAAUGCCAACGCGACCGAAACUUCUAAAGCUAAAGCUCAAGAGUUUGAUGAUUUAAUGAACAAAGAACUUGAUUCACUGAUUAGAGGUGUCUAUCAAAAACCAACAUGUGUCAAAAUCGAAAAAAAGCAGAAUAAAGAUCUAAGAGUAAGAUUUACAAGAGAUCAAGAUGAUGACGACCCUCUUUGCGAUUACGAAGAAGAUGAGGCCAAUUCUAAGUGGGUACAAGCAAAUCUCCCGGGUGGAAAGAGCAAGAAAUCAGAUGCUAUCCUCAAUUGUCCAGGAUGUAUGUCUGUUUUGUCACUAACUAGUCAUAGGUGA